UUCAGCGUGAGACCAGCCUGUGCUAUGGCGGCAUCCGGAACCAGGUCGAACUUAUACCCAGUUGUUGUGAGGAACGGCCAAGAUGUACAUCAUACUAGUGUUUCUCAUAACGAAGCUCAAAUAGAUCUUUUGAGAGGAACUGAAAAAUAUGGCACUGCACAGCCUAGCCGGGGGCAGUCGGGCGUGGCUUGGUACAAACAAGAUCAUGCUGAAGCCACAUUGGAAGAUGGUCCUUCAGAUACAUUGGCACAAGAUGUCUCAAGUACAGCCGUCCUCACACCACUGGAUGAUGAUCUGGUGGGAAAUCCACAAGAACCGGAUAACCGUGGCAGCUGGUCAGGGCGAUUCGACUUUCUCAUGUCUCUUUUGGGUUACUCAGUUGGCCUUGGCAAUGUGUGGCGCUUUCCUUACCUGUGUUACAGCAAUGGGGGUGGUGCUUUCUUAUUUCCCUUCAUCUUGAUGCUGAUUUUGCUUGGCUUCCCCCUCAUGUUCAUGGAGCUGGCUUUUGGGCAGUUUGCAGCUCUUGGUCCAGCCGCCAUCUUUGACAGAAUAUGUCCUCUCUUCUAUGGUAUUGGUUAUGGCAUGACUGCUGUGACUUUAAUGGUUGCAUUGUACUACACUGUCAUUAUUGGCUGGGCCUUUUUAUACCUGUUCCGUUCCUUUACUUCGGAGUUGCCUUGGGAGCGAUGCCACAAGGAGUGGGCUACAGAAAAGUGCUAUUCACACAGAGAUGCACAAGAGUGCACCAGUAUCAAUGGAUCUGUGUACUACAAGAAUACUUGUUACAAUGCUACUGAAGUUCUUGAGCUUAAUAUCACAGAUCUUGCACACAAUAAGAGUGCUCGAUCCCCGCCAGCUCAAGAUUUCUUUGAGGUGGAGAUUCUCAAAAUUAGCAAUGGAAUUGAUGAGAUUGGGGCUGUACGCUGGCAGAUAGCAUUGUGCUUGCUACUUGCCUGGACACUUACUUUUCUAGCGCUUAGCAAAGGGGUCAAGUCUGUUGGAAAGGUUGUGUACUUUACAGCUUUGUUCCCUUAUGUUGUCCUGACCAUACUCUUCUUUCGUGGCAUUACUCUUGAUGGUGCCAAAGAGGGCAUUGCGUUCUACCUCACUCCUAACUUUAGUCAGCUCUUUAUUGCAAAGACAUGGGUAGAUGCUGCAGUCCAAAUCUUUUUUGCUCUCAGUCCUGCAUGGGGUGGGCUUAUCACUCUAUCCAGCUACAACAAGUUCCACAACAACUGUUUUAAGGAUGCAUUGAUAGUUGGGGUUGGAAAUGUGGCCACAAGUAUAUUUGCUGGAUUUGUCAUCUUUGGUAUUGUUGGUUACUUGGCCAAAGAAUUGGAUAUGCCUGUUGACCAGGUGGUUGAUCAAGGCCCUGGACUGGCGUUUAUUGUAUUCCCUGAUGUGGUGACACGUCUUCCAGUCUCACCAUUGUGGUCCAUUCUGUUCUUUGUCAUGUUGAUAACUCUUGGCAUGGGUAGUGAGUUUGCCUUGUUGGAAACUGUGAUGACAGCAGUACAAGAUACAUUCCCACAUCUUCGUGAGAAGAAGACUUGGGUUGUACUAACUGUCUGCAUCACGGGGUUUUUAGGUGGCCUUGUCAUCUGCACUGAGGGAGGCAUGUACAUAUUGCAGCUGAUGGACACCUAUGCUGCCAGUUGGUCCGUGUUCUUGAUGGCUAUCAUAGAGUGCGUCAUCCUUGCCUGGAUUUAUGGUGCUGAUAAUUUCAUACAGGACAUAGAGAUGAUGAUAGGGCAUAGGAAUAUCCAUUGGCACAGAUUCUUCAAACUUUUUUGGAAGUUUCUAACUCCAGCUACUCUUCUGUUUCUACUAUUCUUCAACUGGAUUCAGUACUCAAGGAUGAAAUAUGCUGGAAAACAGUAUCCACUGUGGGCUGAUAUGAUUGGCUGGUUUAUGGCUUUUAUUCCCAUCAUUGCUAUCCUUUCCAUGAGUGUCUUCAAGUUUAUACGAACCCCAGCUGAAAAAUCUUUUGUAUCAAAAUUGCGAGUUUUAAUGAAAGCCACUCCAAAAUGGGGUCCUGCCCACAAAGUGCCACGGUGUGAAGAUGAGGAAAAUUCUGGAAAAAUUGUCACCAACCCUGGCUUCACAAUCUCUUCCCAAAAUCCCUUUGAAACCAAAAUGUGAAUAUAGUCAUGCAGGAGCAUAUUACAUGCCAGAUAUUUUAAAUUGUCAUAAAAUGGGAGAGGCCUCAUGAUCUUUCUGCCCUCGGUGGCACACACAGCAGGUCUCUCCUAUCAUCAUGAAAAAAAUUGAGGAUUUUACACCCAUAGGUACUGUGUUGGGGUGUUACUACAUCCUUGGAAAGAACCCUGCUGGCAUUUGCAGCUAAUUGUUUUGAAGUUUCCUAUGACAGCAGUACUUGGGAUAAUUAGAACACCUUUUGACAACAUCAACACAGUGCAUGGCUACAACUGCCACAACAAUUGAAGAAUAUUGCAGAUUCUUGCUUGGAUCUUCACAGGGUUUUGCAGAGCAGUUUUUGCACAGGUGCAUUAUCUUUAAUUUUCCAAACUGGGCACGAACAUAUCCUGGAUCAACAGUGCCAUGACCCAGGAUUAUUUCUUUCUGCUGUUCUGCAAAGCGUGCAGUUUAUUUGGGAUGGUUGAAAUGGCAAAUUCAUAACCUAGCAAGAAAGUAGAGUAUUAUUCAUAGUCCUCUAGCCUGAGAACAUCAAUCAUGUCCACAGGAUAAAUAUGGCCUGGGAUAAUGUGGAACUUUUUCAAACGUGCUUGUGAUUUGCGCAGCAUAUCAAUUUGAGAUCUCAUAGCAGCAUUCACUGCUUACUGAAGCUCUUCAGCCAGCUCCAUGGAGCGUGACCUGCUACAUUGAGCAUAACCUGCUACAGGUCAUUGUACCUCAGAAUCAAGUGCGCCGCUACAUUUUUUUUUUCUCCACGUGGACUGGAAAUGUGGUACAGGUUACCUGCAAAGAAAUGACAGCUUCCUCAUGAUAAACAACCACUGCUUCCUGUGGAAAGUUGUGGCAGUAGGAGCAUAUGACUGAUUUCUCAUUGUUAAACUUGAAUGUAGAUUGCAGUAGCAGAUGUAUCAUUAAAGUUUCCUGUGAAGAGACCCUCACAUCCCUCCAUUUUUUUUUUUAAUAGGUGUAGUUAGAUUUAGGUGGGCUGAUGGGUUAUUUCCCCUCCUCCAUUGUAAUAGUUAUGCAUCGCAACAGAUGCAGGAAGUGGAGCACAGCUUGGUUUAGAAGUGAGCAUGCAUAAGGUUGACAACAGCUUUAUACAUUUGCUAAUAGUAUUGAGUUGAUGUGCCUUAAGAAUGGGUCAUGGGCUCGUCGUGUGUGGGUGGGAAAAGACUUAUGCCUUUACAAUGCACAAUGAAUUGUAUAUUUGGUUUGGGGUUUUACUGUGAUGGCAUUUUAUCAACUUGAUCACAUUUUAGCAGGUAUAAGAGAAUGAUUGCUGUCAUGCUGUGUUAGAUGUAUGGAACUCCUUGUAUUAGUCUAGUUGUCAGUUGGAUGUUUGUGAUAUGUACUUAAUGAUUGCUUUCGCUACUGCUUUUCUCAGUAAUGCUGGGUAGAUGGAAAGCUUUUUCUAAGUGCAUUCAAAAGUGACAAAGUUGUGGGCCAGAUUUUAUACCCCCCUUACUUCAGCUUUCCCCAUGGGAAAAAAGUUCUAGAUCUAACAAAUUGGCAUAAUCUUAAAAUCUCAUAGACAUUUUCAGUAUAAUUGCAUUUAAAUGCUUAGAACAUUUCUGAAGGCUUUAUUAUCUCUUCCCUUUACCCCUCUGGUAUGAACGGAAGUGAUUACUUCUGAGCUGGGUUUUAAUUUUCAGAGCACCAGUCAUUUUUAGCUACCCUAUGUCUUCAGCAAAGAGAAACUAGUAGUUAAUUGGCAGCUGAGGGUUUUGGUAUGGGAAAAGGCUUUUAAAAUUGAAAUCUGAGAAGUAGUUUAAUGGGCACUUAUUUACUUUUGCAUUGUUAGAAAUUUCAAACAGUACACUUUUCCCAACUGGACUGUGUAAAAUUAGAUUUAAGGCUUGUCUGUGAUGACUUUUCCCUCUUUCUUACUCUCACCAAAAAGCAGAGAAAAUUAAAAGUGUGUUCAGAUUCUUGCAUUUUUCUACCCUAUUUAAUGCUCCUAAAUCAAAACAGGUCACGAUAAAAUGCUGCCAGUUAACAUAGAUCUCUCUUCUAAUGCAGUUAAUGCAUUUCAUGAUUUCUGUUUUUUCCCCCUUUAAAAUAUGAUCAUGGUUAGAAUCUUAAAGUUUUUCCUGCUAAUAAUGUUGUAUGUCACUUUCACCAUUGGUCUUUUCCCACAUCCUGUUAUUGCAUUUCUUUGGGUUAGGUUUUGCUGUGAAUUUCAAGUUUGUACAGCUCGAAGAUUGAAAGUUCCUUCAAAUAGAAUAUUGUACAGCUAGUCAUGGCAGUUCUGUUUUACACAUGCAGGGUAUUCAGUAUUAUUGUGAGAAUUAUGAUUUUCAUCUGCUUCUCAAAGGCCACAUUGAGAAUGUUAGCUUCUGCACACUUACAUCCAGUCACCAUCCCCUCGCCUCCCAACUCCCCAUUAAGGUUGGGAGAAUGCAUCAAAUAUUUUAAUGUUUUGAAUAUUUCUAAGGGUUUUUAAAAACCAUAGAGGGAUAAAAUAAUGUACAAAUAGUUCUUACAAUGAGAAUUAUGAUUUGAUCAUUAUUUUGAAACUUGCAAGCGUUUUAAAUAACAAACUUGCACAGUAUAAUAGUUCAUGUACCAAAAUCCUUGGGGUAUUUGUAGAGAGCAAUCUAGAGGAUAAUGUAAGAACUUUUUGAUGUACCCCUGUGAACUCUUCAACUUUACAGAAACAUCUUUUUCUUUUAAAAUAUUAUCUUCACCCAAAUUAAUAUAUCAGAAUAUCCUUUCGUCGUCAUUAUAUAAAUAAAAGUGCAAGAUUUUAAUGUUGUAGCAGAAGCCUAUCUUGAGAUUUUUGUUUUGCAAUCAUUUGACUGGUGGUCAUAAACGGCAAUUGGAGAAAUUGGUAGUAUUUAUAAGCUACACUGAUCAUCAUUUCAUGUAAUUUAAACCAAAUCUUAUAUGCCAGUGUCAUAGAUUUCACUCCCACAGUUUUCUUGCUUGGGAACCAUUAGCAUUUUCGUCUUCUUUUCUUUUUCUGCUUCUUGGCUUCAGGUAUAGCAUCUUGAUCUGCUUGCCUUCAUUCAAUUAAUCACUGUUUCACUUAGAUUUCAUGCAAGCUUAUUUAUCUUGAGGAUUUGUUCUUAAUCAUCACAAUUUUCUCAUUCUUUCACUAUCAAAAUAAGCCAAUAACCAUGAACAAAAAGGUGACCAAGGAAUUUUGAAACUUCUUAUAGUUUAGGCCUUUUGCUCAUUGCAGGGCUUAUGGGAGAAUGCCAAUUUUUAACUGAUUCGACUUCUUGUGAUGAUGAAAGUUAAGGUAACUUGAUUUUAGAGAAAUCUAAGUAUUGGGUGAUAGUGACUGGGGGGUGGCCUUACAGCAAUUUGAUAAUGUUGUGAUGGUUAAAAACAUUUGCUUACAAACCCCUUUUAAGGAUUAACACCAACUUAUUCAAUAUGGGUGUAUUGACACUAUUGAGCUUUAAUUUAUAAAGGCAUUCAUGAGUGUAAACUGUAAUAAUAGGAGUUUAAAAAAUCUGAACUCGCUAAGAAGCAUUCAGAUGUGUUUUAUUAUCUUCUAGUUUCCAAAUGUGUGCUGCAUAAAUUUUCAGGAGUUUCUAAAUGGAUAAAACAUGCUUUCAUGCAGGUGCACAGAGCAGUACAGGCUUAAGUAGAGAAUAACUAUAGCUGAAAUAUUGUCUAUUCCAUAAAUGUAUAAUGUGCACAUUGAUAGGAAUGAAUAAACCUCCAAACAGAAGUAUUUAAAAAAAAGUGGCUAUUUUAUCCAUGAUAAACAUUUACAUGAUUUUCCUACAUCAAAACUAGAACACAUUGAAAGCCAUUUGUUAGUUAUUUAACAAAUAGGAUUCCUUGUCACUGUUCUGUUUUUUUUUUUUCAUUCCUUGUUGAAGAUUCCAUGGCUCAGUUAUAUGUACUAUGGAUUAGCUAUGUUGAUACAGUUUAUUAUGCUGUGUUCUGUAUGAAUAGUGCCAUAGGUUUAUUCAAUAGUUUUCCAUGGAAGAAGCAAGUGAAAAUCUUGUUACUUGUGACCAUUUACAUAAGUUCCUGUAAACCUUUUAGCAAGAUUGAAAGUGAAACAUUUCAUCUUAUAUGGUAUCUUAUCUCGUAUUUACACACUAGUUGAAAUUGAAUCUAUGCAAAUGGGGCAUUCAUAGCAAUGCAUAACUUUAAAAAAAAGAGAGAAUUUCUGCUCUUAUAUUGUGUCUUAUAUCUGGUUGAGUUUUGUUUUUUUUAACUGGAACACUACUUUUUUGGGGUGGAUGGGAGGUGUUUGGUUGAGAUCUCUGACUGAAAAAGAUGCAAAGUUGAUGCGCUUAAUCUGCGUCAGACUUGUGCAUUUGGUGUGGUUAUUUACAGCACAGGGUGCAGAUGUAUUUAUGGAAGAAUGCAGUGAGAGAAAAAUGACAGUUUUAUGGUCAGUUGAUUUCAAGGCUGAAGGCUGAAAAAAAAAACAAACAAAAAAACUAGUGGUUUCUUUGAAUUUUUCCAUUAUGGGUAGCCUAGUUAAAGUGGCUUGGAUUUUGUUUGGGAUUUAGUUCUUGAGAAUUGUUAAAUAAUUUUUAUUUAGGAAUAGCAAAUGAUUGUUUUAAAAGUAAAGGAGACAUGUUGAAAUGUGCCUUUUUUUCUCUUUGAAAACAAAAAUUAUUGCAUAAAUGUGAUGCAAAAACAGUCCUGUGGAAACAAAAAUUCAGAUUUUAUGUGCUAGUGUUUAUUGCUUGUAUGACUAUCAUGCACAGAACAAAUGUUUGUUGAAUGCAUACCUGGUUGUGUUAAGGUUGAGGUUCUGUGAUGAUCACCAUAAGCUGUUGCUGCAGUAAAGGCGAUUUUGUCUCAUUGGAGAUUGAGGUGUACUCAGUUCUUGAAGUCUGGUCUUGUGCAGCCUUAAUUAUGGAGUCCUUCUGCAGGUGGGACACAACCACAACCUGUUUGUACAUCCAUUCACCUGGUCACCUGGCUGUGACACUGGCUUGUGUAGCUCAAAACUGAUUUGAGCCCAUAAACACUGGAAAACCUGGUUGGAUUUAACAGUAGCAAAGAUUUUUUAAGAUUUUUAUCUGCAAUGAUGUCUAACAAUAGAUAUGCCCUGGGUUUUUACUUUUCAUUCAGAAUUGUAUAUUUCUUUUAAUUAGGUCAAGUUAAAUGUAUUUAUUCACUGCAAAUUCUGCUUUAGCUACUAUUGUUGUUUGUUCUUUUGUGGUUAUCGUGAUGUUAGGAUUUUCAAAGAAUUUUGACAGUCUGAUAGUAUUUUUUUUGCUUCAUAUUUCAUCAUUGAUGUCACUUGAAGCUUGCUUUUGUGUGACAUUCACAUCCACUCUUUUAUUUUAUCUAAAGAGCAGAGUAUGUACAGAAGUUAAAUUACAAUUGUAAGCUGUUUGUACAGUAUUUGUGCAUUGGUAGAUCAUGUAAAUAUUUGCAUUCUCACGAAUGGGGUCAUGGUUUUGUAUGCUAACAAAAAAAUGCCCUAUGUGCUUGUUUGAGUGUUGGAUACAUUUUUUGGCUGGGUAUGUUCCCAGGCAACCGGGAAAAACUAUCAAUGAUCUGAAGUUAAAAUGUCAGUCACUGUUUGCCAGUUGUCAUCAAAGUCCUAGAGAUGUUCUAUCACAAAAAGUUGAACUCCUGUAAGUGAUAUUAGAACUGUUUUGUUUCCACAAUUACUUUUGCCCUGGAUUUUGGUGCCAUUUUACCUGAUGUCCAUAUUUGUAUUACAGAAGAGGCUCAGGUAAUAGAUCUACUUACAGCUUUCUCUAAAAACAAAAUUAUUCCUUCCUCCAUCCUCAAUUUUAAAACAGCUUUCUUGACAAAUCAUACUUUUGUUGUUUUUGGUAUUUUUUUUUUAAUAGUCCACUUUUUGGGUUCUGAGGCUAAGUGCAGUUGAUAUAACAUGGCAGCUUUUGACUCACAUUUAUGUGCUGAUACUGUUCCCUUCUUCCCUCCUUUCAAGACAUCUUUAUACAAACAUGUUGUAAAGAAUUGUUGAAAACUGUUUUAACCAUCUGUAUAACAGUGGAGUCUCACAUUAAUGUUACUGCCUGCAGAUCAAAGUGUAGAUUGUUCUAUUUCUUGGGGUGGAUGAGUAGGGGGCCCCUGAAUGAGAAGGGUGCAGUAGAAGGUUUACUAAAGAAUUUGCUUUUGUAGAUUAGCUGUGAGGUGACAGGCUUGGUUGAACUGGUUCACAGCACAGAUAUGAGAUGGAGCUAGCUACCCUGGAAUAAUUAAAAAACUGAUAAAAGGAUAAACUCGAAUGUUUUAAAAACCCAACAGAAAUCAACUGUUUCUACCUCAGUACUGUGUUGUAAAUCCAAAUUGAAUAAGGUAUGUCAAUGGAAUUUUGAAAAAGCUUUUUCACACCAUUAACCAUUUUUGAUGAAUGUUUAAUUUUCAUCCAUUAAAUUUUCUGAAAAAGACUCCUUAAUGCUGCUGUCAUUUUCCCUUUCAGUUUCAUUGGACAAAUCUCAUGUCUGUGUUAAAGAGGUCAUAAGCUUUUUUUAGCACUUAGCAUGGAGCAUGGUAUGAUCCUGUUCAACACCACCUUUUGCGGUGAAAGAUCUAUUUCAUAGUUGUCUGUAACUUAAAAAAAAAAUUGUUUAAAGAAUUUCUUCUUUCAAUUUUACUGACGGAGGUCAUGGCUUAUAUUUCUAGAGAUCAUUUAUGCACACACAAGGUUGCUCUCUUGAUGCUGUGACUCAAUUUUGUCACUGAAGCUCUCCCCCUUCUCCCCAUGAUUGGAUGAUUGGUUGGCUUUGCUGUCCAGAGUGUCUGAUAUUGCCUUGAGAAAUGUUCGUGUUUGCGUAGCCUGAUAAUUACAGUCCAUUGUCUCAUUAUUGUAUAUAAAUAGGUUGGGUAAGUGAACUAGUAAGAGUUACGGUGAAUAAAAAAACUCAUUACUGCCUCUGUUGUCCAUCAUUUAAUAAACAUUGCAUUGUGUCCACCAUCUUUUAACUUGGUCAACUUUGCUAUAUAAAUUGUAUGUUAGAUGUUUUUAUGGAAGUGGUUAUAAUUUUAGUUUAACGAUCUUCUAUUUUAAAUUAUUAUGCUGCUGAAAAAAAAUGUUGAUUUCAUUGUUAUGUAUACAAUGCUGCAUUUACUGGUUUUACAGACUUAUUAGUUUCAAUCAAGAAAAUGUAUUGCAACACUUAGUGGGGAAAGGGUGCUACUUUGCAUGUUCUGCGUGUCAAAUUAUUCCGAGAUAUAUUGACGUCAUGAAAUAAAACUGACCAAACUGAUUUGUAAAUAUAUGCACAUUGCAGCACUCCUGAAUGUCAUCAUAAAUAUUGAUUUAACCAGUUUGAAUCUCGAGUUAAAAGUUUCAGGUACAGAAAAUAUCCACAAAGAGGGAAAAAAUCUACUUUGAACUGCUUCCUUUAUCAGCUACAUUUACAAAUUAGAUGUGUGGUUUUUGGAACUGUAUAGUUUGCUUUCCCUUUCAAAUUGUAGGUUGUUCAGGUUUGUAAGAAUAUCAGGAAUAAAGGGCUACAUUUGUCUUA